CAUCUCACCCACCCACUCCCAAUUAUUAUUUUCUAUUCACAUACACAUACACCCAAUCUCUCUUCAUUUUUUUACUCAAACACUCACGGAUGGGGUUCAAAUUAUUUUUGGGUUUUCUUCUCCGAAAAUUACAAAUAAGAAGAAGCUCCCCUUGACUUUGAGCUUUGAAUUAAGUGGAUACCCUUACCCCCACACACUCACAUAUAGCUGCUACAAUUUUGCAGGCAUCUAUGUAUGCGAGUAACAAAGGCCAAUUUUUAGCAUUCCUUUUACGAGACCCCACGAGUGGCCUUCUGUUCUCUUCUCUUCUCUCUCUCUUGUUUUUUUUUUGGGUUUUCCCAAAGUAAGGUCCCCCACACACACACACACACUCUCUCUCUUCAGUUGUAAGGUGUAACCUACUUACUUACUUACCCUUCCCUCUCUCUCUCUCUCUUUCUCUGUCUGUUCCGCUCUGAGCACAGAGCAAGACAACAGUCAAUCAAAACCCGAGAACCCCACAAACUGAGAGUCUUAGUUGGGUCCAAAGAGUCUAGAAAUUUGAAAACACACACUCUCUCUCUAAAAAUCAAAAAAGAAAGAGAGAAUGGAGGAAGGGCAAAGGGUGGGUUGAUGAAUCAUCAUCAGGAGCAUCUCAUUCCUAGUCCGAAAGAAAGAAAGAAAUAAAUAAAUAAAAAACCUUGUGUGAGGCUUCCCCACCUAAUGGAACUAUCAGAUUUGCAAAACAACAAGCAGAGCAGCAGCAACACAGGUGGGAGCACUCAUCCUCAUCCUCAACCUCAUCCUCAUCCUCAUCCGCAUCCCCAUCCCCAUCCCCACCAUCACCAACAAUCUUCUUCUUCUUCUUCUUCUACUUCACACCUUGUGGUCCCUUUCGAUGGAAGACCAAACACUUCUUCUCCCUUCAUCACCUCCUCCACCUCUUCCUCCUCCAAUUCCUCUUCAUCGUCUUCCUCCAUCGACGCCUCCCUAGCCAUCGCAACCAGAUCUGACGAUUCCGCCAAGAAGACAACCCAACAUCUUUCCACCACCGCCGCGCCCAAGCGAUCCACCAAGGACCGCCACACCAAGGUCGAGGGCCGCGGCCGCAGAAUUCGAAUGCCCGCCACCUGCGCCGCUAGGGUUUUCCAACUCACUCGUGAAUUGGGCCACAAAUCCGACGGCGAGACCAUCGAGUGGCUCCUCCAGCAGGCCGAGCCCGCGAUCGGCGCCGCCACCGGCACCGGCACCAUCCCCGCCAACUUCUCCUCGCUCACCGUCUCCCUCCGCAGCAGCGGCUCCACGCUCUCGGCGCCGCCCUCCAAGUCAGCACCGCACACCUUCCACGGCGCCCUCGCACUCGCUCACCACCCAUACGAAGAAGCCUUUCAACAACACACGGCGCUGCUAGGGUUUCACCCUCACCACCACCACCACCAGCACCAGCACCAGCACCCGCAGCAACACCCACACCCACACCAACAUCAACAUCAACAUCAACAUCAACAUCCGCAGCAGCAACUUCUCUCCGCCGAUCAAAUCGCCGAAGCUCUCCCCAGCGGCGGUGACUCCGGCGAGAGCUACCUCCGGAAACGUUACCGAGAAGAUCUGUUCAAAGACGAUAACAUCAACAACCAGUCGCAGAACGAGAGCGGGGACGGGUCUUCGCCGAAAACUCCGAACCUACAAUUACCGAAGCAGCAGCAGACCGAAGCUGGGCCUGGGCUUCACCGGCCCGCGAGCUUACUUCCGGCGACCGCGAUGUGGGCCGUGGCGCCCGCUCCCGCUAGUGGGCCCGCGGGGAGCACAAUUUGGAUGCUUCCAGUGACCGCGGCGGCCUCUUCUUCUUCUGGUGCGGCUGCUUCUUCCGCUUCUGCUUCGGCAUCUUCGGAGACUCAGAUGUGGCCUUUUACUCAGUCAGGUUUCAUGCCAAGGUUCAAUCUUCCCGGUGCGCUUGAAUUCCAAGGCGCACGUGCGGGCUCUCUACAAUUGGGCUCCAUGCUAAUGCCGCCGCAGCCCUCUCAGCAUCUGGGCCUCGCCAUGUCUGACUCCAACUUGGGCAUGUUGGCGGCCCUUAAUGCUUACACUAGGGCUGGUUUCAAUAUUAAUUCUGAUAAUCAUCACAUGGAGCAUCCACAUCAACAUCAUCAUCAACAUCACCACCAACCUCAACCUAGUGAGAGUGGAGAGGAUGCUCCUAAUAGCUCCCAAUGAACCUUUUUUUAUUGAUUGGAACUUGAAUGAAUUUGUCAUGUGUGAGUGCUUGUGAAAAAUUCCAUGGAUGCAUGUGCUAGAUCAUCGCACACUUGAGUUGAGUUUUUAAUUAGAUCUUGCUCUAGUCAUUUUUUUUGUGCUUCUUCUUCCAGGAAGUGCAUUUCUUUAGCUUGAUUUGGAGAUCUUGGUAUGCUUUGUUUACAGUUUGGUUUUUGGUCCAAAGGGACUUCGCAGACAGACACAGAGAGUUUGUAUAGGAGGAAAUUUCUCUUGCUAUUUUUAUUUUUAUUUUAUUUACUCUAUUUGCUUCUUAUUUUUUUCUCCCCUUAGCUUGUAUGACAGUAUCAAAACCAAAACAAUUGAAAGGGAAAAUUUGAAUGCCUUCUUCCA